AUCGGUCUGAAUGCCAUGCGGUCCUCCGCCCUUGGACCAUGCAUGAGCAGAAAUUCGAUGAUUGCACGCCCAAGCUAUCGACAGCAUACAUGUCCGCUCAGAAUACUUGCACACGGACUGCUCAUAGCCGCCACAAUUUCGACGGGUCGUCCAUUGCUUUCUCACCAGCAGAAACGCGGAAAUGGUCCAAGUAAGGAUGACUUGACCCGACGACUUUUACGGCAGGACAUCAAGAACUCGAAGCUCCUCAGGACAAAUAUGAGAAUCAACGAAGAGCGACUAUUUCACGCCAGGAACACGAUCAAGGACCCUGCCAAGUUGGAGCGGGAAAUGAUACGGUUGCUUACGGAGCGUGAUCUCCUUGGAGCUUUCCAAGAAGCCUCUCAUACCGCAUAUCAGGGUACACGCGCGGAUAGUACGGCGGGUCUCGGUGCGGCUCUGUCGAAGCUCAUGCGGGCGGUCAUGUUCUUUUUGAAGCUAUGCUUCAUCGAAGGACCUUGGAACGAGGUCGGCAGUAGAAGGUGGAUCUUGGCCACGAAGAUGAUCACCUUGCCGCUGUUCUUUGCUGGUGCGAUGUAUGUGGUGGGUUGGCUCGCGGUGCUUGUGGUUCGGACGGCGCUCUGGAUCUGAGCAUGAAUGGUUGUUAUGAACAACCGUAUUGUCGAUAAGGGAGCCUUGUGUGCGAUGAAGCAGCCGUUUGUCCGAUGAAAGGAUCUGAGUUCGGAAAGAAUAUCGACAGACUCGAGCGGGAGAUGGCACGUCUUAUGGCGGAGCGUGAGGCGAGAGAAGCACUGGCACGACUCGAUCCAUUGCGCGGAUGGAGGACCUACCAGUGUAUCGUGCGGCUUGGUACUACAUCCAAGUGUGUACCCAAGGU